CAUUUGCUAAAGCCUUAGGGGAUAAAGGUUAGGCAAGCUUUUUGGCUUCAGCUCAAGAAGGCUGUGCAUAAAUUCAAAUUCUUUGUCAGCACACACCCAUGCAUGAGCCAGGAAGUUCUUGCACUAAUCAUACAUGCAGUUUGCUACAUAGCAGAGGAAUUCAUUGAGGAACUCUGACAAUGGCCCACGUAAUUGACAGCGAGGUUUUCCUGGCUUUCUCCACUUAUGCCACCAUUGUCAUUCUCAAGAUGAUGUUCAUGAGUCCUUUAACUGCAUACUACAGAAUCACCAGAAAGGCAUUUGCAAACGUGGAAGACGUCGGCACGGCCAAAACUCCUGAGGAGAAGAAAAAGAUGCUGCGGGUCAAUGAAGAUGUGGAACGUGUGCGAAGAUGCCAUCAGAAUGACCUGGAGAACAUUAUUCCCUUUGUGUUGGUUGGCUUGCUCUACACUCUGACAGGACCAGAGCUUUCCACUGCCCUGCUCCACUUCCGCCUGUUUGUAGGGUCACGUUUUUUCCACACAAUAGCGUAUGUGACGCCACUUCCUCAGCCCAGCAGGGGUCUGUCCUGGAUAGUGGGCAUGGGCACUACCUUCUCCAUGGCCUACCACAUCCUCAACACUGUACUGCGGCUGUAGAACAUCAGCAGACCUCUUUCAUGUUUCACUACUUUUAAUGCAGCAGUGUAUAAAUUUCUAUUUUAAAAUGAAAUUUGUGGUGUUUUGUCACUAAAUCCUAUACAGUAACAUCAGGUGUAAGCUCUAUUAUAAUACUGCUCUUACUUCA